AUGACAGCGACAGGAAGGGGAAGAUGGGAACUCGUAGACUAUAAAGAGGAGUAAGAUGUAUUGUUCGUUACGCCGAAGCCAAGUGCAAGAUGGAGAGCAGAACUUUCACUUCUCCCAGUACGUCCGUUUCCUUGAGCCAUCCCAGAGUCAAGAAGCUGUGUAAAAACAAGGACGAAGGAUCCAAGGACGAAGCUAUGGAUGAAACCGUGUGGAGCAAUUUACCAGCGGCAAUGUUCGUCAAGAUCAUGCAAUUCUUGCCUCCUGCAAGCCUGUUGCAGCAGAGAACUCUUAGCAAGUGGGUGUACCAGGCCACCAGCUCGGUCUCCUUUAAUCAUCUAUACAGGAAGCAGCGCAAUCGUGUGAACAAGCCCUGGCUGCUCUUGGUUCAAACUUAUAUACAGGAAACUUUUAAAAUCAUAAAGGCGUAUGACUUUUGUCUGGAAAAAUGGCACAGAAUUCCCAUGGUCAACUUACGAAUCGAGUUUGAUGUGGUUGCAUCAGCGGGAGGUCUUCUUCUUUGCGAAUCCAAGCCUUCUCAUAAGCUAUAUAUGUGCAACCCUCUCACAAGAACCUGGAGAGAGCUACCACCCACGCAGAAGCAGAGGUGGAAGACUGUAGUGGGUGUUGUCCAUGUGCAGGAAGAUCCUAACGAUGUAGGUCGUGACGCCUUCAAGGUCGUGGUCGCUGGAGGUAAAUUUCGGGAAAGCGGUUUUAGCGGUGAGGUGUAUGACUCGAGGACCGACUCUUGGAAGAUGAUCGAACCCAUAUUCGUAAAUUCUGGCAUUGAUUGGGAAUUUAUUCAAUACAAGGGUAGUCUCUAUUCUCUCAUUUAUGGGGGCGUUAUUUUUUGCAACUUGGAGUGUGGCAUCUGGAGCAAGGUUCAGGCUGCUAAGCCUGAAGGCUCGAUGAAACUUGUGGAGUGCAAUGGCCGGUUGUUCAUGGUUGGGGUAUUUACAAUUCUCAGAAUCAAGAUCUGGAUGCUCGACGAUAGUGCUAAAAACUGGGAGGAGAUAGCGACUAUGCCACGGGACACUUUUAAAGAUUUUAUUAAGUUAAAUGGGUUUAAUCCUUAUUUUAGCUGUAGUUCGACUUAUUAUACUGGAAAAGGUAGAUAUAUAUGUUUGGUAGGCGUUUCCAGUACUCUAGUUCUGAAGUUUGACAUUGACCUCAAGACUUGGACCUGGCUGCCCAAGCAUAGUUUGAAAGGAAUGUUUUUGAAUCCGAGGCUCGAACUUGAUCACUAACAGUUCUAGCGACUGUCAUAAGAUUCACAGGUCUGAUUUGAGUAGCGAACUCGUCGGAAGUCGAGACACUUAUUAGUUCUCGGCAUGAGACAACGAACAAUCGCAUUAAAGAGCAUAUCGCAGAAAGGC